AUGGAGCAGCGGCUAGCGGUGGGCCGCAGUGCGUCCUCGCCCAAUCCCGGGUCUCCCGCGCAGCAAGAUGCGCGGACCCCGCAGGCAGAGCAGCGGCUUUUGGGAAACGCCGCCACGGCCGCGGCUUUCGGCGGCGCCUGCGCCGUCGAUGUGCGGCCGGAUCAGAGCCACGCCAUCCUCCAGUGGCGCAGCCAGGAGCGGCUGCCCAGCUUUCUGGAGACGCACACAGAGGAGCUGACGCUGUCGCGGCCAGGGGUGUGGGGCUUCUUCCAAGAGCCCUGGCUGGGCCGCGCGGUGGUGGGCCACGUGAAGUGGCCCGGCGCCAGCUGGCGCGCCAAGUUCACGGUGCUGCCCUCGCUGAUCGCCAAGCAGGAGGCUGAGGCCAUGAAGGAGCCGCUGAUCGCCGCCCCCGAGGACUUCGACGAAGAUAUCGACGGGGUCGACAGGAUGGUCACCUACGAGUUCAUCAUCUCCAGCGCUGGAGCCGAAAAGGCCCAUGAUCCGGUGCGGGAACCUUUGCGCCAGAAGCUGCGCGACAUCACGGAGCCCAUCAUCCGCGACCGCAUCGCGCCCUUCGUGCGCGCUCGCUACCCGAAAGCCGGCGCGGUGUGCCACUCGAUGAUCCGGAGAUAUCUGGAGAACGAGCGGCGCAGCCACGACACCCACUGGGACAUCCCAUCCUAUGUGUCGGUGGUGGUGAGCCUUGACUCCGCGGGCCUGGACUUCGAGGGGGGCUUCUUCGUGACCACCGGGAGCGGGGAGAAGUCCUUCCUCCCGCUGCAGCGGGGUGACACGGUGGUGCAUCAAUCUGACCUUCUGCACGGGGUGCACGUGAAGCGCGGGGAUCGCUGGAGCUGGGCCAUGUGGUUCCAAGACUCCUGGGACUGCAGCUCCCGCGCUGAGAGUUGGUGGCAGCUCGAGGCGGAGGCCGGGGACCCGGUGGCGCAGACGCUGCGGGCGAUGCGCGCCAGCACCCAGGAGGAGUCCUGGACUUGGCUCCAGAGCGCGGCGCGGCAGAGCUUUCCGCGCGCGCAGCUCUACUUGGGGAAGGCGCACGAGGACCGGGGUGCGACCCAAACGGCCGCUGGCUGGUACGAGUCGGCGCGGCACGGGGGCGAGGUAGACGCGUGUUUUUACCUGGGCCUUUGGGAGCAACAACAGGGCAACCUGUCCGGAGCUGCUGCUCUCUUCCAGCAGGGCGCACAGGCAGGCGAGGGCAAAGCCAUGGCGGAGUUGGGCAAGGCGUACCGCGACGGCCAGGGCGUGCCGAAGGACCCGAGUCUGGCGCGCCAGUGGCUGGAGAAGGCGGCGGAUUUUACUGUGGAGGCCAUGUACCUCAGCCACCUGGCCCAGGCCUCGCCGCCGGAAGGCUCGGCCGCGCUGUUCUUGGAGCGCGCGGCGCGCAUGGGCCACGAGGAGGCCAUCCGCAAGUUCAUGGAGCCCUUGGCGAAAGCGAAGCGCUGGGAGGAAGUGAUGCCCUGGCUCCUUCGGCUCGAGAGCAAGGCGGCGCUCUCGCAGUUUGUGAAGCUGCGCAAGGCCGGUGUUCCUGCGCAGCCCUUCGCGGAGUUCCGGGCGCAGCGCCUGCUGGCAGACCUGGCGCACCAGGGCUUCGAGGAUGCCCGACAGCUGCUCCAGGAGAUGCGGUCGGCGAUGGCCCCCAUUUACCAGGAAGCGCCCUCCCCGAUGCUGUGCAAGGCCGUUGCUCUUCAGGCGGGGGCGCUUUACGCGUCGGCGGCCACGCUGCCUCACGCGUCGCCUGGCAUGCAGGUGACGUCUCCAAUGCCGCAACCCGUGCAUGCGGGAAGCCCGCACAUGGUGCACGCCGCGCCGACGCCGGCGCCGGCGCCGCCGACCCUUGCGGCACAGGGGACGCGCCCGCGGCUUGGCGUCGCCAGGAUGGUAUCACCCAUGGGCCGGGCCAUGAGCACCAGCGCUCUGCAUGCGCAGGUCCGGCACUUCCCGGGUGCGGCCCACGCUCCGGUGCAGACGGUGCCUGCUUGUGCCUGGAAGUGA